UGGGCUCUCGUUUGGGCCUCUUUGUACUUGAAAUCCCAGGGCCUAUAUUGAAUCUCAGUCCUUACUACUUUUAGACUUAAAAAAAGGUAACAGUAGUUGACAGUGCCUUCAGCCUGCAUCCUCCAAAUCCCACAAUCCCUUGCACACGUGAUGUCACCAGAAGUCAGACGCAGUUAGUAAAAGCACAGCUGUUACAGUUUACAGGCAUAAGAAAAUGGAAAAGGAGAAACCAUUUACUUUGUUCUCAGUAUCAAGACUUAAUAACAGUCAGGUAUCUGCAGUUAAACCACAGUCAAUUGCUGAACAUUGUUCAUUUUUUCAGAGUUGCAAGUCGCCAGUGGAAACUGGAAGUUUAGGCAGUGCCAUAAAAAACAAAAAUGCAGAUUUAUUCCAAAAUCUAACACCUAUAUUUCAAAAAGAGACCGCAGAAUCAGCCAGUCAUCUUUAUUCUAAACUGUACAAAGAAGCAGAAAAAAUAAAAAAAUGGAAAGUCUCAACUGAUUUGGAAAUAUAUUUUAAAGAGAAACAGUUAUUAGAGUACAGAAAAACAACUGAAGCUCAACGCAAAGCCAUCCAAGAAUUACAGCUGGAAAAUGAAAAACUGAGCUUGAAAUUAGAAGAUGACUAUAAUGAAAAUCAAGGACUAUUAAAUCAGAGCAAAGCUACAAGGCAUGUUUGUGAUCUACUUAGAGAUACCUGUACUCAAGCUGUAGAAAAAGCAAACUUGUAUGAGAGUGAAAGAGAUACUACCAUGGAGUUAUAUGGGGAUCUAAGCAAUAUCAUAGAGCGAAUGAUAACUGCUUUUGAAGAACUUCGUUUACAAGCUGAGAAGUCAAGAAAUGAUUUUUAUAUUCAAAGAAAUUAUCAAAUGGAACUUGAAAAAUCAAACAGUAAAGCACAGAAGUUACAUGAACUCCUGGAAGAGGCUAAAGAGUCCUUGAAGAAUUUCCAGGAUGUCCAGACAACAACGCAAAAUGAAUUGCAGAAUGCGCAAUAUUUAAUCAUCUGUACAAACAAGGAAAAAGAGUCAAAGUUACAGGAACUAGAAGCAGUUAAAGUACAGCAUGCCCUGCAAUUUGCAGAUCUUCAGUGUCAUAUUAACAUGUUAAAAGAAACCCUUCAAACAGAGCAAACAAGGUUCAUAGAAAGAAAACAUUCCUUACAAGAUAUUAUGUUGGAGGGACAAGAAAACACCAUGGUAUUUGAAGAAAAUGUCAAAACAAAAAGUGGUACUGAAAGAGAAAUUGUAGAGCUCAAUAACAUGAUGGAACACAUCAAAAGGCAUACAGAAGAGGGUAUCGAUGUUAAGUCCCUGACUGAACAGUUAACUGAUAUUCAAAAACAUCUUCAGACAUUUUUUAAAAGUAGAGAGGAGCAAAUUCAUCAUCUCUUAGAGGAAAAAACUUGCCUAAAGAAACUGGUUGAUGAAUUGCAAGAAACUGAGAAAGAGCUUCAGAAUUCUUUGCAGAUGAGAGAGAAAGAAGUUACUGAUUUAAAAAAAGACAUUAAUACAUUAUCUGAAGAUGGAGAAUGUUGUUCCAAAAGGAUUAUAGAAUUAGAGACAGUGAUUGAGAAAAAAGAAUUAAAAUAUACUGAUAUUCUAAAGGACUAUGAAAGAAUCGUAUCAGAAAAAGAGAAAAUUGUGAGUGACAAUGAUGUUAUAGCCAGAGCAUUACAAAAUACUCAAAGAGACCUCCAGGCUAGUAAACAAUAUGAAGACCAAGCAAAAAUGAAAAAUGAAGACAUGGAGCAAAUUAAUGUUCAAUUAAGGAAGGAAAUACAGUUAUUAAAUGAACAACUGGAACAAAAAAGUGAAGAGCUUAAAAAUGAAAUCAAUAUUUGCAGUGAGAAGAUAACUGCUUUAAAGAAAGAAGCUGAAAGUAGAGACAAGACAUUUGAGGAUUUGGUGAUAGAAAAUAAAUCUAUGAAAAAGAAAUUUAUGAGAGAAAGCAAGAUAAAUAAAGCUCUCAAGACAGAGGUGAAGGAGUUACUCAAGCAGCUUAAUGAAACACAAAUGCAUAAUGAAGAAAUUAUUUCCAGUAAGCAAAAUGAAAUUGAAGAUGCAAAUCAAAGACAACAAAGUCUUUCUAAUGAGAUUGCUAACUUAAAGAUAGCAGCUGAAGAGUCAAUGAAAUCACAAAAAGAAACUGAUAUCCGUUGUCAGCACAAGAUUGCUGAAAUAGUGGCAUUGAUGGAAAAACACAAGAUCCAGUAUGAUAAAACAGUCGAAGAAAAGGACAGUGAAUUAAAUCAGUUCAGAAUGAGAGAACACGAAUUAUUGUCAGCAAAGAUUAAUUUGGAAACGGUUUUAUCUAAUGCAAAGGAUGAGGUUAUGUAUCUUAAAGAACAACUUAAACAACUACAAGAUAAUGCACUCAUUUCACAAGAAACCAAGUUUUCCAUGAGAAAUGAAAUGAAGAACAAGAAAGUCCAAGCAUCUUUAAUGGACACUCCAAACCAAAAAACCCAAAGAAUAGAUUUACAGUCACAUAUGAUUCCUUUUGCUGAUGAGGAAAAACAGCCAGAAAGCAAGGAUGUAACAAUACGGACACUAACAAGGAAUUAUAUGCAGCCAUCUCAACAGAAGUAUACUGGAAGGUCUCCAUCAGUGAGCAUGAAGGAGCAACAUGAAAAUAAGAAAACACUUCUGGUUGACUCAACGAAGAAGAAAAGAAAAGCUGCUUUAGCAUAUGACUUUCAUUCUGACAGUUCAGAACACAUAGAUAUUCUGGAAAUAUGUGAAGAUGAUGAAGCAUUCAAGAAGUUCUUCCAAAAGUACCCCCAAUCCACAGAAGUCUGUGCAGUACCUCCAAAGAAGGUGACUGGAACAGUGUUUAAAUCUCCUGGUCCAGUCCUCAAAAUGGCUGCUAUAAAAAAGAUGAGAGAAGCUGGUUGGUCUGCUAUAUCUAAAGUGGACAGGAGAAAAAAAAUGAAAGCAUCAGAAAAGUUAUUCUGCUGAAAUAGAUAAAUGAAACCUGACUGUAUUUUUUGCAAAUCUACACUGUAAGGAACA